ACUGUACUUAUUACAUGAUGCCCUCAUCCGGGCUGUGAUAAUGCCGAUGCGUACACGCAUUCAUUGCGUACGUUAUAUGUCAUUCUGACAUCAUAUUACGCAAAAUGCAGUUGCGAGCACUAUUGUUCACGUUACUUUUCCAUAGUUUUGUGUUCUGUGAGUUUCUGAAAAUCUUCUCUAAGUUAAUUAUCAAUUAAUUCUUAAACUAAUAAAUGUGUUUGUUUAAGGUGAAAAUAAAACUCGCUAUGAUUUGAAAACCAAGAAAGUGUUGGCUUUGUUCGGAUAUUUAAAUGGAUAUGACUUGGAUCAAAAUCAAGAAAAACCUUAUUUUCUAUUAGCACCAAUCGUCUUAGUACCAAAACUUAUCGAAGUAAAACAAGACGCUCAAACUGGUGAUAGUAAAGAAACAGUGGAAGAUAAUGGUAAAAAACAAGUCAUGAAGCCUUUGAAGAUAAUUAACAAUCUAAAGGUUACAGAAAACAAUAAUGAUAUCGAUGUGCAUUUUAGACAAGCGUUAAAUCGAGGAAGUGUUAAUAAAAAUGAUUCAAUGGGAAUUAAACUAAAUGAAACACUAAAACCUAGUGUUUCUUCAAUAAACAAAACAGCAGAAGCUGUAGUAACAACACCUAAAACAGUCACUGUUACUGAAGAAUCAAAAGUAGAUAGUAUAAACAUGACUACAAGUACUGAAUCUGUAGAAAUAAAUCUAACACCUGUUAAUGGCCAAAGUGAGUCUUUAACAAUACCGAUAGAUUCUCCGGAUUAUUUCCUUUUACCACCUUUAAUAGACGACGACUGGAAAAACUUUACGAGCAUCAACGUUUCAAUAGGAAGCGACAACAAAACAUCGACGAAUUCGGAACAAGUUGAACAUUCUAUGGCAAAUGAAACUGACAGUACAAUGAAAGGCCCUUAUCCCGCUGCCCUAUACAACAAUACUGAGAUUGAUAAGUUAUCAAUUACAACAAAUUCGUACACAAAUGGAUCACCUCUGCCGCCGCCACAGGAUGAUAGAUGGAAGAGCUUCUCUUCAUUAGACAAAAUGCUACCCGUGUUAAACGAAUUUAGACCAUUAGCCGGUUUGUAUUAUGACGGAUUUUUGCAUAAACCUUUGUAUCAGAAGCCGGGGUUUGUUCCUUAUAAUCGCUACUAUUAUUAGAAUUGAUAGUGCAAUAAUAAUAAGGUAUUAUUUUAGCGUCUAAGGAUAUUAAAUAUUACGAAUCAAAAACUCGUUACGAGCAGUUUUUAAGUUAUAAGUAAACUUUACGCACUUAACACUAACAUUUUAGUUUUUUUAUGCAAGUAAAUUAUUAAUGUGCCAAGUUUUCUUGUUUUACUUUCGUAAAUCAUAAGUAGUUAUCCCAUAUGCUUUCUUCAUUUCAAAAUUUUGCAUACAUUCUUCUUAAACCAGAACCUAAUUUCAAAGUAUUCCACCAAUACGUACUACACGUUCUAAAAUAACAUAGCCAACAUAAUAAAAUCCGAACAAUCCCAAUAACUACUGCAACUCGACAAGGCUCUAAAAUUGGUAUUGUCGUACAUACUCGUAAACGGCUUUUGUAUUCCGACUCAUGUAUGAAACAUUGUUACGUGAAGAUCGGUACUAAAUGACUGCUGUUUUAUGUCUGGUCACAUCUCGAUUUCCUUUGCUACAUCCGAUACUUUAGAAAGCAAUAAAAUUGUUUGAGUUUAUAACUAAUGUGCUCUGUUUUAUGGAUGGGUUGCGUUGUUGGAUUUAGUGUAUCCCUCAACUGUACUACUGUACUAGUGUUAAUAAUCUUCGGGUUUUAUGUGGUAAAUAAUGUUUUUAUUUUAUUGAUUGCACGGAUAGCGGAAUUGAGAUCACCAAGCCUAACCCACUGAACGCGCCGUGCACG